CUAUGCAAGUGUGACCGUUUGUUGACUGUGAGCAUAUGUCACGCGAUAGUACUGUGACACUGGUUUUUGUUGACUUCCAGUUCUCCUUUGACAAAGUAAUGAUUUAAGACGGGUCACAGUGAAUGUCUGAGCGGUACAUAUUAUAUAGGUUCAUGGAGAUCAUUGAAUACAACUGGGACGUGUUUCAGUCAUAUUAACGAUUUGAACUCUCUCUAAUUAAGAAUAAUUGAGUUAGUCAAGAAUGUCUAACAAAAGGGAUGCCAAUGAGAGCACCCCUCUGUUGGACUCUGGGAACAUACCUUCACCACAACCAUCAGUUUUCGAGGGAAGAAGACUAGCAUGUGCAGCCAUCCUGCUAGCUGAAUCAUUAGAAAGGAUUGCUUUCUAUGGCAUCACAUCCAAUCUUGUCCUUUUUCUCAAUGGUAGUCCCUUUUAUUGGCAGGGCACCCAGGCGAGCCAGACACCUCUGAUGUUCAUGGGAGUAACAUACCUGAUUUCACCAUUUGGAGGCUGGUUGGCAGAUGCAUACCUUGGGAAAUUCUGGACUAUUGCUUCAAGUUUGAUCCUAUAUUUUCUUGGCAUGCUAUUUUUCCCUUUCAUCUCAAAUGAAGAUACCAUGACACAGCUAUGUGGAGACGAAGGGGCAUUUCCUGUGCAACCUGCUGAAUGUAUGAGCACAAACAGUACCCUUUCAAGCAAUGUAACCUGCCCCAUCCGUGCCCCAUAUUGUGGCCCGGUGAUCUACAGUAGCCUUUUUUUAAUUGCAUUAGGAGUGGGUACCGUGAAGUCCAACAUCACUCCAUUUGGGGCAGAUCAGGUCAAAGACAGAGGACCCGAGGCCACGCGCCGAUUCUUCAACUGGUUCUACUGGUGCAUCAAUUUGGGAGCCAUCCUGUCUCUGGGAGGUGUGGCCUACAUCCAGCAAAACUACAGUUUUUGGGUUGGCUACACCAUUCCCACCGUGUGCCUCGGGAUAUCCUUCAUUGUCUUCCUCCUGGGCCGUACUGUCUUCAUCACCAAGCCCGCUGAUGGCAGCGCCUUCACAGACAUGUUCAGGAUCCUGGGCUCUGCAUGCUGCUCCAAGAAACCAAAGGAGCCAAACCUUCUCCGCAACAAGCCAACAUUGCUCGACAGUGCCAAAGUAUCCUAUGGAGGAAAAUAUCCAGAAGAGAAAGUAGAAGAAGUGAAAUCCCUGGUGAAAGUCCUCCCAGUUUUCUUUGCUCUUAUCCCAUACUGGACUGUGUACUUCCAGAUGCAGACAACGUACAUCCUGCAGGGCCUCCAUCUGAGGAUUCCUGAUAGUACGUCAGAUGUCACCCCUGGCUCCAAGGUGACGUUCCGCUUCCCUGCAGCCUGGCUCACCAUGUUUGACGCAGUGCUCAUCCUCAUGCUGAUUCCCCUUAAGGACAAAGUGGUGGACCCCAUCCUGAAACGCCGCGGCCUGCUGCCUUCCUCUCUGAAGAGGAUCGCAGUGGGGAUGUUCUUUGUUAUGUUUUCGGCCGUGGCGGCGGGUAUUUUGGAAACAAAACGCCUGGAGAUCAUCAAAUCAAAGGGUACCAUUGACCAGGUGCUUGGCAAUGUUACCUACCACGCUGCAGAUUUACCCAUAUGGUGGCAAGUGCCUCAGUAUGUGCUGAUAGGAAUCAGCGAAAUCUUUGCCAGCAUUGCAGGUCUGGAGUUUGCCUAUUUUGCAGCCCCCAAGUCCAUGCAGAGUGCCAUCAUGGGACUUUUCUUUUUCUUCUCUGGGAUUGGCUCCUUCGUGGGCUCUGGUUUGUUGGCUAUUGUCUCCCUCAAGGCGAUUGGCUGGAUGUCAUCCCACAAAGACUUUGGUAAGAGAUCACAGUAA